AUGUCGGACUUUGCGCCCACGUCUUCCAAUCCAGGUGAAGACUUGUCGUUGCCGAAGGCAACAGUGCAAAAAAUCGUAAGCGAGAUUUUGCCCAAAGAUAUCGCAAUUUCCAAGGAAGCAAGAGAGGCCAUUACCGAGUGCAGCAUAGAGUUUAUCAUGAUAUUGUCGACGCAGCUGAACGAUAUAGCGGAAAAGGAAGCGAAGAAAACAAUUGCCAGUGAUCACGUCAUUAAAGCGUUGAAGGAGUUGGGCUUCCACAACUAUCUUGAUAUCAUCAACAGAGUUUUAGAUGAACACAAGGAGUUGUUGAAGGGCAAAGAAAAGAAAAACAACAAGUUCCUCAACUCAGGGUUGACGGAAGAGGAACUUUUGAAGCAGCAGGAGGAGUUGUUUAAGAAGUCUAGGGCCCGUUUGCAAGGGAACGGGUCGCCGGGGGCACAGGAAAUCAAGCAGGAAAACUAA